GAGCAUGCAGACCAGGGUGGCACUGUGGCGAACAAUCAACCAAUCCACAACCAACUCCUUGCAGACCAGGACACUUUUGCCCUUACGGCUAUGAGAUACCUUGCGGACUCGGACUUUAUCAACCACAAGAAUAUCAGAGAGGCUGUAUCCCUUGUCCGCCAUCAUUCUAUUGCAGCGUAAAGGGAUCAACAGCAGUAACUGGCGCUUGUCAAACCGGUUGUUGCCUCUAUGGAUAUCAUGCCUCACCAAACGAUUGCGACCCUCCCAAUACUGAGUGUGCCAGAGGUCAAGUUGGGGGUACUUGCAAACCUUGUCCAGUCGGGAAAUAUUGUUCAUACAAGGAUAUUCCGGAAGAUCAAGCUCCAUCCUGUGAAGACGGGUAUUAUUGUGAUGGUGGAGAUACCUAUCCUAAUCCAAUGGAAAAAAUUUGCCCUGUUGGGCGUUAUUGUAUUAAGGGAAUUUCAAAGCUAUGUGCAGAGCACACUGAAUACCAGGAUGAGGUCGGCCAGGCCUUUUGUAAGCCUUGUCCAGCUGGGUCUAGCUGUAGAAGGGUGGGGAGAUAUACUUCCCUGUGCGUGGGGCAGAUGUGUGGAUGUGAUGAUGAGGGCUGUAUUAUUUUCCCUCCACAAAAUUGCCCAAAUUUGCAAUUCUGCCAUGAAGGACGGUCCUAUUUUUGUCCAUUUGGCUACCAGAGUGAUGGUGUUACCUGCGUUGCAUGUCCCCUUCACAGGGAAUGUACAAAAAGCGUUGACGUGGGCAAUUGCGUAAAUGGUUACUGGUGUGGAUGGAGUGGGCGAACAGCUGCUAGGCUUAGGGAACCUUGCCUUGAGAUUGAGAGGAAGGUCUGUGUAGAUGGUCUUUUGGAUUUCUGUCAUUUAGGGACAUACAAAGAUGAUCAGGGCAAUUGUGUUCCCUGCCCUGCUGGCUAUGCCUGUCAUUUUACAGGCAGUAAGCCUAUACCUUGCACCCCAAGAUUCAUGUGUUUUGGGUACCAACCACAUAUAUGGGCCCAUGUCCAGCAGGAAGUUAUUGUAUUAAUGACAACUGGUAUUCGAUUGACUGCCUACCAUGCCCCGCCGGAGAGUACUGCCAAGGAUUGGCCUGGUUACUCCCAGCGGGGUGUGUAG